UAAACUACCAAAGUGAGCAAGUCACCUUUGGCUCGAAACACCCAUCAUCUUCGUUCAAAACACCAAUCGUCGUCAUAAAGUAUCAUUAUGUCUCAUCUUCAGUAUUACGCAUACCCUGGUUAUGGCACUCGCAGCCAAACGGACCUUUACUACAGCCAGGCAGUUAAAGUAGGGGAUCGCAUCGAGUGCUCCGGUCAAGGUGGAUGGGAUCCUUCGACCGGAAAGAUCAACACCGAAAUUAACGCCCAAAUUGACCAGGCUUUUGCGAAUGUCGAGCUUACCCUGAAAAGCGCUGGUGGUCAAGGAUGGAGUCAAGUGUAUCGCGUUAACUCUUAUCACCUUCCUCUCAACGAUGAGGCGUUGAACGCAAUGGUUCGGAAUUUGAAAAAGUAUAUGCCCAACCACCAACCUAUUUGGACGUGUAUUGGCGUGUCGCGGUUGGCUUACGAUGAUAUGAGGGUUGAAAUUGAAGUCACUGCGCAUGUUCCUUAGCGAUAGUUGAAAUAUUGUAUCUAUUUGUUCUCUUCUUUUGAGUUCGCUAUGUAAAUCUGUGCUUCAAAAAACAAAACCAAUAGGCUGUUGAUAGCUUCUGCCUGAUCUGUAGUCUGUUUUCCUCCGGCACACGGAGAGCAGUCAUCAUCCACUGGGUUUCAUCUGGGUUUCAUACGUCGUGAACAUGAUGCGGGCGGAACGUAGCAUCCCGAAAGAGGGGCCAUUGAUGCGUUAUUACCAAGGGGUUCAUAGUCAACCUAGUCAGAUGUUGGGGAUAUUACGAAUCCGUCCGGCUAUUGGGGCAUCAUUCCCGAAAAGUCUUGGCAUAUUGGGGGUGUGGUCGGGGAAGUUCCACAUGUCAGUCUCGGAAACCAUUGAUUCACUUGUUCCCCGGCAGUCACACAAUCAUCACCAAGUGUACCGCUGGAGAAAAGAAAGAUGGGGCGGCUGCUUCCUCAAGGAGCGAUAAAAAUUAUGGAAACAAGGAAGAUCUGUCUUCUUAAGGGAAGUAAACACCAGAUCUUGAUACCAGAUACCCCCCAUAAUCUCCACUCGGCCAGCCGCCACGGGUGUCCAGUAGACGGUCUUGAACGCUAUAUCAUUCAUGACCUGCACUGGGGCUUC